AUGCUGUUGAGGUAUUUGAGCGCGGCCGCUCUGGCCCUGCAAUCUGCAAACGCUUUCAAGGACGCCUCGCCCUUCGUUCUUUACUCGACCAGCCAACAUAGACUGGACGCGAAGGACGCCAACGUGAACGUUAUCAGCGCGCAGAGUCUGCAACAGAAUGUCGAACACCAGAUCAAGGGCUGCCCAACCGACAAAUGGCUCGUCGUGUCGCAGCCUGGCCUCACUACUGAUGACCUGACCGUCUCCAAAUCCACACCCCACCUGCGCCGCCGCCUUGCUGGCAAGGACAACCGCGUGAAGUCUGUCUUCGCCGCAAAGAACGUUGUGGGACACGUCGAUGCCAUGGUCAUGGUAUCCUCGAUCAACCGCGAGUGCAGCACCAGAUCCACCAUGCUUCUGGACGGCGAGAAGGGAGAGAUUCCUAGCUACUCUUCCGACGCUUACGACGCCAUUCAUGUCCAAUUCCCUGCCCUACCUACCGCCCACGACGACCGUGAAUCUGCCCUGCUCAAGGCCGACUCGUACUUGAACUCGCUGCUCGCAACCAUCGACUCCUACACCGUCCUCUAUGCCACUCUCGACAACCUCUCUCCUCCUCAGGUUCAGCACCCUGAGCAGUACGUCAUGGACGAGCCCUACCCAUCGAACAUGCACACCGACCUGAAGCGCGAUCUCAACUCCCACAUUGCCCGCGCCAGCAACGCCUCAAACCCCCAGGCCAACCUGCCUCUGUUUGAGAAGUACCAAUUCCUCUCACCUGGAAUCUUCAUGGGCGGUGUUGUCAGCAUCCUCCUCUUUUCCAUCCUCUACGUCGGUAUCAGCGCCAUCGCCGGCCUUGAGGUCUCCUACAUGGCCUUCAGCAAGGAGAUGGGUCCCGCUGCUCAGAAGAAGCAGCAGCAGUAA